AUGACUACCACUCUCUUUUCUUUCCUCUCUCUCUCUUUCUCUGAGAGUUCAUUACAUGUUAUUCUCUUCAUAUCUAUCUAUCUAUCUAUCUAUCUAUCUUAUUUUUGCAUUUACCUUCAUUGGUAUUUUUCGCUCUUUCUCAUUUUUUGCAUUUUUUUCUUUCCAUUUUUCUUUUGCUUCAUUUUCUUUCUUUCUUUCCUUUGGUCAUGCUUUAUUUGUUUCUUUCUUUUACUUUUCAUUUUCUUGCUUUUGCUUUAUAUAUUUUCUUUCUUUCUUUCUUUCUUUCUUUCUUUCUUUGGCUUUACUUUCAAUCUUUCGUUUUUCUUUUUUUUUUUCUUACCUGGUCCUUUCAUUCUUUUCUUUAUUCUUUUUUUUUUUUGCUUCUGCUUUCCUAUAUCUUUCUUUCUUUCAUUUUUCUUAUUCAUUUUUCUUUCUUUUGCUUGUCGUAUCUUUUUCCUUCUUACGUUUUUUCUUUCUUACUUUUCAUUGGCCUUUCUUUCUUUUGCUUGUCCUUUUUUCUUUCUUUCUUUUCAUUGUCAUUUCUUUUCUUUUGUUUGUUUUACUUUUCUUUCUUUCUUUUCCUUUCCCUUUCUUUCUAUUCCUUGUACUUUCUUUUUUCUUUUGCUUUUUUUUCUUUUGCUUAUCCUUUCUUUCUUUUCAUUUCAUUUCUUUCUUUUCUUUCCUUUGUAUUAUCAUUUCUUUUCCUUUUCUUUCCUUUGUUUUUUGGCUUUUUUUUACUUUCUUUUUUUGUCUUUAUUUUGCCUUUCCUCUGUUUUUUGUUUCUUUCUUUUUUUCUUUUUUUUUUUCCCUUAUUUCUUUACCUUUCUUUUCUUUUUGUCUUUAUUUUGCUUCUCCUCUGUUUGUUUGUUUCUUUCUUUCCUUCUUCCUUUUUUUCCCCUUCCAAUUAUUUCUUUCUUUCUUUUCACUGCCAUUUCUUUCUUUUCUUUUGUUUCUAUUAUACUUUCUUUCUUUCUAUUCAUUGUUCUUUCUUUUUUUUUCGCUUGUCCUUCCUUUCUUUCAUUCAUUCAUUUAUUCGCUUUUUCUUUUUUUCUUUCUUUCUUUCUUUCUUUCUUUCUUUCUUUCUUUCUUUCUUUCUUUCUUUCUUUGAUUCUUUCUUUUCACUGUAAUUUUUUCUUUUCUUUGUAUUUCUUCAUUUUUCUUUCUUUUUCUUUCCUUUUCUUUCUAUUUCUUGUUCUUUCUUUCUAUUUUCCUUUCUUUUUUCUUUCUUUUUUCUUUUGCCUUUUUUAUUCUUUCUUUCGCUUGUUUUUCUUUCUUACGUUUUUUCUAAUUUCUUUCUUUCUAAUUUUUUCUUUCUUUCGCUUGUCCUUUCUUUCAUUCUAUCUAUCUUUCUUUUUUCCCUUCCUAUACUUUCUUUCUAUAUUUUCAUGUAUUUCUUUUCUUUUGUUUAUAUUAAUUUUUCUUUCUUUCAUUUCCUUUUCCUUUCUUUUUCUUCCUUGUUCUUUCUUUUUCCCUUCCUUUUUUCUUUCCUUGUCCUUUCUUUCGUUCCUUUUUUCUUUUGUUCUUUCUUUCUUUUCCUUGUCCUUACUUUCUUUCCUUUUUCUUUUGAAUUUUUCCUUUCUUUCUUUCUUUCUUCUGUUUUUUCUUUCUUUUCCUUGUUCUUUCUUUUUCUUCGGCUUGUCCUUUCUUUCUGUCUUUCUUUCUUUUUUUCUUUCUUUCUUUUGCCUCUCCUUCCGUGUGCCCCGUUCUAUUUUUAGGUAUUUACUCAAUUCCCCUCUUUUAUCCUUUUUUUACACUUAA